CCGAGCUGUGAGGAGAACACGCCCAAGUCGCGCGCGCACGAGCGAGCGAGGCUCGUUCUCCCUCCCCACAGCCGCGCCCCAGCCCAACCCGCACGCUAAGCCCCGCCCACGCACCUCAAAGGCGGGCGAGGGAGGGGGCGCACGGGCGACAAGAGCCGGAGCAGCUGCGCCUCCCACUCCCCCCCUCACCACCACAGUGGUCCCGUAUGUUAAUGAGCCCCCCUUUCCUUUUGCCACUACCGCGCGGAAAGGGAGCGCGGGGAGGAAAGGGAAGGGGAAGUUGCUUUCCUGUUUGACAGCCCUUGGGUUGCUAAGCCCGCCGCGCUUUACGGCCGCCCGCAGCCACCGCGAGAGCGUCGUGAGGAGAAUGAGGCCGGCGCCAGGCGUUGGUAUUUCUCUGGCUGCCGUGAGUCUGCCUGGAUAGAAUGGACCCUGUUGUCCUAAGUUACAUGGACAGUUUGCUGAGACAAUCAGAUGUCUUGUUGCUGGAUCCUCCCUGCUGGCUCAACGACCACAUCAUCGGGUUUGCCUUUGAGUACUUUGCCAACGACCAGUUCCAAGACUUCUCCGAUCAAGUAUGCUUCAUUGGCCCCGAGGUGGCUCAGUUCAUCAAGUGCACGAGCAGCCAAGAGGAGCUGGCCCUAUUUCUUGAGCCUUUGAACCUCCUCCACAAGAAAAUAGUGUUCCUGGCCAUCAACGACAACUCCAGCCAGGCUGCUGGCGGCACACACUGGAGCCUACUAGUUUACUUCCAAGACAAAAACCGCUUUGCUCACUAUGAUUCCCACACCAGGAGCAACUCUGCCCAUGCCAGACGGGUAGCAGGGAAUUUGGAGGUCUUUCUCGGCAAGAAAGGCAAAGUUGCCUUUGUGGAGGAGAAGGCCCCUGCCCAGCAGAAUAGCUAUGACUGUGGGAUGUACGUAAUCUGUAACACAGAAGCUCUGUGUCAGGAAUUUUUCCGGGGACAGCAGGAGCCAGUGCUUCAGCUCCUUACUCCCUCCUACAUAACAGGCAAGAGAGAAGAAUGGAAGGAACUCAUUGCUAAGCUGUCCCAGAAGUGACCUGCCAAUCUCCAAUUAUUGUCGUUCUUGUCUUGCUCUCAGUGCCUGAGGGGAGGGAAGCUUGUACAUAGGGUUUUCCCAACAGAAAGAAUGUAUUCACCUCUGUGUUUCUGCACUGCCUUAUUCUGCUGCUGAUCAGAAUAGAGCUGAGUCGUAGGAAAGUUACAUGUCUUCUCUGAAGCGUCGGGCAGUUCUGGCUUUGGCCAUUUAUCCCACCCCCUUCCAAUAUCCCAAAAAAUUCUCACAACACCCAAAUUCUUUGUGUGUGAUCAAUUUUCAGUGAUGUCAGUGACAUUGUAUAUUUCUGCCUUUAUUCAAUUGUUUCAGCCAUCUUUCAGAACUCAUGCAGAAACCAUCAGAAGUCAGAUAAGAUGUUAUAAUGGUACCAGCCAUCUUGUUUCAGAACUCCCCAAAAUAUUGUUCCUGCUUUUCUGAAUAAGGAUUGUUGCAUCAAAUGUUUUGGCUACCUUGAGAAAACUGUACACAUCAGUAUGAUGACAAAGAAUUUCUAUAUUGUAAGCCUUGCUGGCAAGAAAUGCGGUAGUUUCUGCUGUUCAGUUUCUAGCAGUACUUCCUGCAUCACUUUGAUGUGUUUUAGCUGGACUUAGUUCCUAGAACUAAGGAUUUCUGGAUACACUUAAGGAAACAGGAGGGCAUGAGAGCAAUUUUGUAUUUAUUAGGGGCAUGGAUUGGCUUUGAUUUCCACUCCAACAGCAAGUGCACAGCAGCUUGCUCCAUUCUGCUCUAUGCCUUGUGGGAAUCUGCAACUUAGAAAAGCAGCAUACUGGUAACAAAAGGAAGCAAUGGAUUCAUUAGUCCUCUUGAUGUGUCCCCUGCUUGCAGCUACUCUUCAUUAGUAACAAUAAGUGGGGUGGGAGGGGAACUAUCCUCAGCUGCAUAUAAAACUCUUCUAUUGCUGGGUAACACUGGAUUGCUUCCUUCUGUGAAACAUGCAGCUUUGCUUAAAAAAAGUAAGUGGACCUAUCCUGUUGGAUAGCAUACCCUGGUGGGUGGUGGAGCCCAAAUGGCUGUAUCCUUUGUUUUUCCUGCUAGCUUUUAAUUUAUUUUGUUAUUUACCAAGGAAUGAUGCCUUAGCUGCACAUCCUGUUUCCUAAUGCUGCACGAGGAAACACAGCAAACAAGUUCUUCAAUUAUUCAAGUGUGUGAUGGCACUGUUGGGGCAGAAAAGCUUUAAUCAUUUUUUCAUUGCACAUGUGUAGAGAGGAGGCCUGAUGACUUUUACUCUGUUUGGGAAAAUCUGCAGCCAAAAAUAAUAAAGAGAACUGUCACUUCAAAGAGUUGUGUUCGGGUUUAUCAUGGGGGCUUUUGUUCUCGUAGCUCCCUUAAAUAAGCAAGGGAUACAUACAUAACAGGAAGGAGGAGGAAGGUGGUCUUGGAGCAAGCAUCCCUAGAACAGCUGCUCUGUGCAUACCUGCUGUCAACCUGCUGUUGUGCCUGGCUAGAACAAAGUCAUUAGACUCAAGCCCCUUCCAUUUGUUUCUUGUUACCCCAAAAGAAAAGGAGCCUAUCUAGCAGCCUGUCAAAAUAUUUGUGAAACGGUAAUGUAACAUAAAGAAUUGAAUCACAGUGAAAGCAAAGAGUAUGAUUCAUUUUUGUAGUAGGGAGGAUGUUUAGAACAAAUUAAGACUUAAUAAAAGUUUAAUAAAUAGCUAUAUGUUCCUCCA